CACCACCCCUGCGGGGACAGCGCCCUGUGUCACCACGGUGACACCACGGCCACCAGCAUCGCCACCAGCAUCACCACUGGUCACCGGCACUGCCACCAGCACUGCCACCAGUGUCACCACGGCCACCGGCAUCACCACCGGCAUCGCCACUGGUCACUGGCACUGCCACCGGCACUGCCACCAGUGUCACCACCACCACUGCCACCAGCACUGCCACCAGCAUUGGCAUUGUCACCAGCAAUGCCACCAGCACUGGCACCAGCCAUUGCCACUGGCACCAGUAAUGCCACCAGUGCCACCUCCACCACAACUGGCAUUGUCACCAACACCGGCACCAGCAUCACCACUGGCACCAGCACCGGCAUUGUCACUGUCACCACCAGCACUGUCACCAACAUCACCACUGUCACUAUCACCACCAGUGUCACCAGCACCAGCAUCACCACUGGCACCAGUACUGGCAUUGCCACCAGCACUGGCACCAGUAUCACCAGUGUCACCAGCACCAGCAUCACCACUGGCACCAGUACUGGCAUUGCCACCGGCACUGGCACCAGUAUCACCACUGCCACCGGCACCACGGAGCUGGCAUUGCCACCAGCACUGGCACCA